UAUAUAUAUAUCUAGUUGCAUUUACGUUGUGGGCAUGUCCUGCAAUUCAUGUCCACCCUUUGCUGGCUGCAAGUUUCCACGCUGCUUCGAGCGCUACAGCGGCGACAGCAGCAAAAAGAAUCCAGGCAAUGUGCAAUCUCUGCACAGUUUGGCACACAAUGUGAUGCCCAAGUUUUACGAUGGCGUUGAGUUAAACUAUUAUCAUCGCUUGGCACCCAACAAAUACUUGACAGCCUCCUGGCUGCUGAGUCACGUCAAGUCCGCGGGCUUUCGUUUCGGCGGACUCUACACAUUGCGGGUCACCGAUGAUUUCAUGCUGACGCCAACUGUUUUUGGCGAUAUACAUCCAACCACAAUGGCUGCCAAUUUGAAUAUGUUGUACUAUCCGUUCAAGCCGCUGCGCUUGGAGGCAGCGCUGCAAAAAGCUGGCGAGGAUGCGCCCGUCGAGACACAAUAUACGGUCGAGUACACUAGACCCAAUGAUACCUGGACCGCCAACUUCUAUAAUGUGCGCAAUGAGAAUGGCCGUUGCACUUUCUCGGUAAUGCGUUCCCUAACCCAGCACUGGGCAAUUGGUGGCGAACUACUGCUAGAGUGGAAUGAGCCCAAGAGUCUAAUGACCGAUUUGGCCGUUGCCGCGCGCUACUCGCAUCACAAUUACUCACUGGCAGCUACUGCCUCGCGUCAAGGUCUUGAUGUCAGCUACUGGCAACGCAUACACCCACAAAUCCAAAUGGCCAACAUGCUCGCCUGGAAUCGCAAUACACGCAAGACCAUCGCCACCAUUUGCUAUCAAUGGAAUUUUCGCAAUUGUUCUGUCAAUGGCAUGUUUGACUCUGAUGCUUUGGUGGGCUUUAUGUGGACCAAAUAUGUUAAUCAUAUACCGUUGCAAGUGGGCUUUAGUGUGGUGAUGAGUCUGCCCACAGAUCGCUUUGCUUUUGGCAUGCGCUUCAUUCUGGAUCCGAGCGGCUUGAGGCGUGGCGAAUAAUAUUUUAUUUGACAUGUUUGAAUUAUAUUUUAUACCAAAUUCAGCAAUAAUCUAAUGCACAGAAUUUUAGAAAUGCUUACAAGUUCAAUUAUACAAAUUAAAGCAAAGUUGAAAAUGCAAAUU